GCUGGACUCACCCGCACUAUUUGUGCAAGCAGCUUCACUCUUUUAGUUGCGCAAAUAGCGUAACGAGUUGCUCAGUUCCAAGCACAGGAGCGUGCUGUGAGUAAAUUACGUUGGGCACAUGGUGAGGCUCCUAUUGGCUCAAAGAGCUGCCAGUCAAAUAAGACUAUCAGAAAAUCUGUGACAGAGGCUGCAUUGAAUCAGCUAGUGAAAUUCACAUACAGAAUCAAAAUCCGUUGCAGUCUUGAUCCCACAAAGGAUGCUCAAUAGCUAUUUACAUCUAAGACUCCCUCCUCCGGCAGCUCUUCUCCCCCACACUGCCGGAGAACCACUUCAUCGACUGAGCCGUCACACCUGUUUCAUACUGAAAUUGGAUUUUGGAUGGACGUGCCAUGGUGACAUGAACAGGCUGAGUUAAGGGUACUCAAAGCAUAGUCAAGAAGUGUGGGCACGUGUUUGUGUGACCUUGUGCUACUCUUCUUAGGAAGGUAGUAGGACCAUGAGCGUGUCCCUGAAGCCACGCAGGUUCGGGAGGCCAUUAAGCCCACAACUGGUGCUGCUGCUUCUUUUUGCCUUCUGUCUUCUGAGUGUCUUCAUCUCAGCUUAUUACCUUUAUGGCUGGAAAAGGGGACUGGAACCAUCAGGAAAUGAGGCUCAGUCCCUAGACUGUGAUGACCUCAAAAUAAGCCCCUCUCGUCUGCUACCUGUGAAGCCUUUAAGGCCUGUGGACUCCUCCCGUACUGAUCCUCUUGUGCUUGUCUUUGUGGAAAGCCUCUACUCCCAGCUUGGGCAGGAGAUUGUGGCCAUCUUGGAAUCAAGUCGUUUUAAAUAUCGGACAGAGAUUGCUCCAGGGAAGGGCGAUAUGCCUACUCUCACAGAUAAAGACCGGGGACGUUUUGCACUAAUUGUGUAUGAAAAUAUCCUGAAAUAUGUUAACCUUGAUGCAUGGAACCGAGAAUUGCUAGAUAAAUACUGUGUGGAGUAUGGAGUGGGAAUCAUUGGUUUCUUCAAGGCUAAUGAGAACAGUCUACUGAGUGCUCAGCUUAAAGGUUUCCCACUCUACCUUCACUCAAAUUUGGGACUUAAAGACUGCAGUAUCAAUCCGAAAUCCCCACUCUUGUACAUUACUCGACCCAACCAGGUAGAAAAAGGGGAUCUGCCUGGUGAGGACUGGACCGUCUUCCAGUCCAAUCAUUCCACUUAUGAACCUGUUCUCCUAGCCAAGACAAAGUCAGCAGAGACUAUACCUCACUUGAGCGUAGACGCAGCUCUUCACACUACUGUUGUUCAGGACCUGGGACUACAUGAUGGAAUACAAAGAGUUCUCUUUGGAAAUAAUUUAAACUUUUGGCUGCACAAGCUAGUCUUUGUGGAUGCAGUCUCAUUCUUAACUGGCAAAAGAUUAUCUUUGCCUCUAAACCGGUAUGUGCUAGUGGAUAUUGAUGAUAUCUUUGUUGGAAAGGAAGGAACUCGGAUGAAAGUGGAAGAUGUGAAGGCACUUUAUGACACACAAAAUGAAUUACGAUCUCAUAUCCCCAACUUCACUUUCAACCUCGGCUUCUCUGGAAAGUUUUUCCAUACAGGCACAGAUGCAGAGGAUGAAGGAGAUGACAUUUUGUUGUCCUAUGUGAAGCAAUUCUGGUGGUUCCCACAUAUGUGGAGUCAUAUGCAGCCUCAUUUAUUUCAUAAUCAAUCGGUCCUCGCUGAGCAGAUGGCUUUGAACAGGAAGUUUGCUGUUGAUCAUGGCAUACCUACCGAUAUGGGCUACGCUGUGGCCCCUCAUCACUCAGGAGUUUACCCCAUUCAUGUCCAACUAUAUGAAGCCUGGAAGCAAAUUUGGGGGAUUAAAGUUACAAGCACGGAAGAGUAUCCUCACCUAAAACCUGCUAGAUAUCGUAGGGGCUUCAUCCACAGUGGGAUUAUGGUUCUACCUCGUCAGACCUGUGGACUCUUCACACAUACCAUAUUUUAUAAUGAAUAUCCUGGAGGGCCUAUUGAAUUGGACAAAAUCAUAAAUGGAGGAGAGCUUUUCCUCACCGUACUACUAAACCCUAUCAGCAUUUUCAUGACCCACCUGUCUAAUUAUGGCAAUGAUCGUCUGGGAUUGUACACUUUCAAGCACUUGGUACAGUUUCUGAACACCUGGACAAAUCUGAAGCUGCAGACCUUGCCUCCUGUGCAGCUUGCACACAAAUACUUCCAGAUCUUUCCUGAGGAGAAGGACCCCCUGUGGCAGGAUCCAUGUGAGGAUAAAAGACACAAAGAUAUCUGGUCCAAAGAGAAGACCUGUGACCGUUUCCCAAAACUACUCAUCAUAGGACCGCAGAAAACUGGCACCACUGCUUUAUACCUUUUCCUUGGAAUGCAUCCAGACCUGAGCAGUAACUACCCUAGCUCAGAGACGUUUGAGGAGAUCCAGUUUUUUAAUGGCCAGAAUUACCACAAGGGAAUUGACUGGUACAUGGAGUUUUUUCCUAUACCAUCGAACACCACUUCAGAUUAUUACUUUGAGAAAAGCGCUAACUACUUUGAUUCAGAAGUUGUUCCAAGGCGAGUUGCAGCACUGCUACCAAAAGCAAAGGUCAUCACAAUCCUCAUCAAUCCUGCAGACCGUGCAUACUCCUGGUACCAGCAUCAGAGGGCCCACGAUGACCCUGUGGCUACAAAAUAUACUUUUCAAGAAGUGAUCACAGCUGGUGCCAGUGCACCUCCAAAGCUACGAGCCCUACAGAACCGGUGCCUUGUCCCAGGAUGGUAUGCAACCCACAUAGAGCGUUGGCUGAACUACUUCCAUGCAAACCAAAUAUUGGUGUUAGAUGGCAAGCUGCUGCGCACUGAGCCCGCUAAUGUAAUGGAGGCAGUUCAGAAAUUCUUGGGAGUAACCAAUGCUAUGGAUUAUCACAAAACCCUGGCGUUUGACCCUAAGAAAGGAUUUUGGUGCCAACUGCUGGAGGGAGGGAAAACCAAGUGCUUAGGAAAAAGUAAAGGAAGGAAGUACCCUGAUAUGGAUUCAGAUUCCCGAUCCUUUCUUACAGACUAUUAUAGGGACCAUAACAUCGAACUCUCCAAGCUUCUUUACAAAAUGGGUCAGACACUGCCAACGUGGCUAAGAGAGGAACUGCAGAACAAUAGGUAGCUGUUGCUGCUGGAUUUGGGAUGAAGAUAAGGUCUCAGGAUCCUUCCUAUCUUGACUGGCCUGUAGUACCACAAAGGCAGAGACUGUGGUAUUGAACUAUAAUCUGCCCACUUGGCACAUAAAGUGUGGUGAAAAUUGUGGUCACUUUGCUGGAAAGACUGUCCUUGAGAAGCUUAUUUUAGACCCAUUUCUCCUGAAGGCAUUAUUUAGCCACUAUUUGCAUCCUGAAAGGCCUGUUUUAGAGGCCUGGUUUAUUUUAUGCGGGAUCCUUUUGCUUCUCAGGUUCCCAUAUAUAGUUGACUAUUGUUCUUGGACUCAACCACUGAUAAAGUAUUAUUAAACAAAGCCCACUGGUUCUGCAUUAAUAGGGCAAUAUGUGAAUUUAAGUUGUGUUUUGCAGUCCCUACUGUGAGCUGGAGGAACAACAAGAGGGGUUUGAUAAUAAUUGGGGCGGGUGGUAAACAAAUUGCCCUGUUUCGUACGAGACAGAAUCUCUACAAAUUAAGAAAUACCAUGUAUUUCAGGAAUACUUCCCAAUCUUUGAUCUUCUCAAGAACUGGUAUCAUCUCCUAGAUUCAUUCAGAUGUUGCCUAGCUAGACCCAUCACAAGAUGUUGAUAGGGUCAAUAAAGGCCUUAAGACAACACUAGUGCUGGAGCAGUCUAGUUCAUUUGCUGAAUGACUCCUUGUAAACGUGUCAUUGUGAGAGUUCCUCGAUAAUCUAGGUACAUGAGUUUUUGGCCUGUCCUAGCAUUGUCAGAGAUAUGUUUGUCUCUUAAAUUGCUAAUGGAAUCUAAAAGAUGUCAAGGCAUCCUCGAGAUGAGUUACUAUAUGAGUAACCUGACGCUUGAGUGCCUUAGCAAUAAAAAAACAAGGAUUCUGGGAAGAAAGGUUGCUACUGCCUGUUGUAUGUAAAUAGUGAAUCUCUCAUAAUUUGAAGGAUCGCCUAUCAGCAUCUAAUAUCACCGUUUGUUUGUUUUUGUUUUUUUAAUGGCUCUUAACUACAAAGAAUACCAAGAUGGAAUAGGAAUGUUGUAAAGGUGCAGUUCUACUUAGCAACAUGUUGAUGUAACAAUAAUUAGAUAAAUUCCAAUUCUGUGUAACUAAUUUUAGACCGUUUCAAAAUGCAUUCAGUUUUGAACUGAUAAUCUGAAAAAAAUAAAAAUUGAUACAUUUUACAACAGGCUAACUUCAUUGGUGCUCACAAGCGAUGUGCAAAAUCAUUGCAGUUAAGCUUUUCUAAAAGUACAGUCAUUUUUUUUUUUUAAGCACCCUUCUCUCACCCUAUAAAAUAAGAAUCUACUGAAUAACUUUUUAAUGAAGAGUGGAAAUGUUUUUAAUUCUUUUUAUCCAGUUAAGUUGAGCUGCACCUUUUUAAGAUUGGUUGAUUUCCCUUUUUCAUUGAGUAACACUUAAGCAAUAAAGCCCAUUUUAUUGGGCAACCAUCUUUUAGAUAUGACUUAGUGCUGAGAGAUGGUCUAAGGAAAUUACCCACUACAGAACAAUUAGAGGGUUUUUUUUAUAAUUAAACAAAAAAUAUGCCAA